CGCGUUCGGUUGUUGACUAACUGGUCUGCUGUGCUAGUGACUUCUGAAAAAGUUGGAUGACAGAAACACUAGAAUUUAGAAUUAGUGAAUUAUUUCCAAUUUAAAGUGUGUCUGUCCUGAUUAAUUACUUCAGCUGUUCGUCAUGGCGGAUGCCAUGAGUUAUAUUGUUAAAUGGUCUGCGAAAGAGCACACGGUGCUUGUCGACAAAGAUGGUACCGUGUUGUGUCUGAAGAAGGCCAUUGAAGUUCAAACUGGAGUUAAAGUAGAAAGGCAAAAACUAUUAAAUUUAAAAUUUAAAGGAAAAGCUGCUGAGGAUGGGUUGAAACUGUGUAAUUUAGAUCUAAAAGUUGGCUUUAAAAUUAUGAUGAUGGGAUCCCUAGAACAAGACAUCACCACAGCUUCUACUGCUCCAGAAAUUGUUGAUGAAGUAAUCAAUGAUUUAGACUUGACAGAGGAAGAAAUAGCUUUGGAAAAUAGAGAAGAAUAUCUAGCAAAGAUCGCAAAACGUGUUGAGACCUAUGAAAUAAAAUUGAUUAAUGAACCAAGGUCUGGAAAAAAAUUGUUGGUCUUGGAUAUAGACUACACUCUGUUUGAUCAUCGAUCUGCUGCAGAAACUGGAAAUGAAUUAAUGAGACCAUUUCUACAUGAGUUUCUAACUUCUGCAUACAAUGACUAUGAUAUUAUGAUUUGGUCGGCAACUUCAAUGAAAUGGAUUGAAGAAAAAAUGAAGCUUCUUGGAGUAACCACAAAUCAAAACUACAAGAUAUUAGGAUACCUUGAUUAUUUAGCUAUGAUCUCAGUGCACAUGGACAAAUAUGGAUUACUUGAUGUCAAGCCUCUUGCUGUGAUAUGGGGAAAAUUUACUGGUGUCUACACUUCGAAGAACACCAUCAUGUUCGAUGACAUAAGAAGGAAUUUUUUGAUGAAUCCUCAAAAUGGCCUGCGUAUUCGAGCCUUUCGUGACGCUCAUCAGAACCGCGAUAAAGAUCGUGAACUUCUUUAUUUAGCUCAGUAUUUGAAAGAUAUUGCACCACUUGAAGACAUCAGUCAUCUUAAUCAUCGAUCUUGGGAAAAGUACAGACCGUCGAAGAAACAUAAAUAACUCAUUGAUUAUCAAUAAACAUGAAUUUUUUCAGUUAAA